UAGGACAUUGUGUGGUUCAGUUGACACACGACUUCAGAGCAACGAACACACGGACAACAUGAUUUGGAAAAUUGUUUUUAUUACCUUCAUGGCCGCUGGUGUGCUGGCGGAGUACCAACUGACAGAGGGUCAGAGGCAGCAGUACAAGGAUAUGCUGCGACAGCAAUGCAAGAAGAGCGGCAGCGAAGACAAAACUGACGAUGUUGAGAAAUCGAUCAAGACUUUUGUGGAAUGUGUGAUGGGACUGGUGGACGUCAACACGCUGAAGCGCGAAAUAGAAGAAGCCAAACCCAACGGUGCCCUUGAUGAAGUCUUCAAGAAGUACUGCGCGAAAACGCCUCAGCUGAAGAGCUGUAUUCACAGCCUGACCGCGGGCGUGGCGCCUUGCCUCGACCAGAAGAGCAGGGACGGCAUCGGGUCUGCCAACAACGCCACCGAUCAGCUCAUUGACUUCGUCUGCUACAAGGAUGGCGACCGCAUUGCUUUGUUCAUUGCGGAAGGCGGUCCAGAAUGUUUCCAACAGAAGGCUACUUCCAUCAGACAGUGCGCCGAGAAAGUUAAAGGCAGCGUGGGCUCUAUUGAGGCAGCUCAAAUUCUGACCCUUAGUGACCAGUGCGGUAAAUUUGAAGAACUGACAAGCUGUAUCGUGAAAGCUCUGGAGGAGUGCGACACGCCGACACCCGCCAAUAUGGCCGAGUCAUUGUUCAGAUACGUACGCAAUGGAACUCCCUGCAAGGGACAGUGAAGACCAGAAGUCUGAAACGCUGUUAAAAAUCAUGUAUCUCAAUAAACGUCUUAGUGUAUAA